UGUUUUUUUUUUCAUUAGUAAAGGAGCUUAAAUUGAAAUGGAAGAACAUACGAGAUACCUUCCGAAAGAAGUGUAUUAAAAAAUCUGGACAGGCUGCAAAAAAUGAAAAACCAUAUGUAUAUGCAAAUAUUUUACAGUUUUUAAGACCUACGAUGGAAAACAGAAGGACUGAAAGUAAUGUUCCCGAGAGUGAACCAGAAGAAGAUACCGAAGCAUCGGAUGUAGUGAAAAAUGUGGAUGAUCCUGAUGUCAGUGUAGUCGACUCGGAAGUAGAGACACCAAAAUCCCAAAAACGAAAGUUAAUCAAAAAACCAAAAAUGUCUUUUGAAGAUAACUUAUUAAAGUUGUUGGAAGCUAGAAAAGUUGAAGAUCCAGUAUCUUCUUUUCUUAUGUCGUUGGCGCCACAAAUCAAAUUGUUAAAUCAAGAAAAACAAAAUCAAAUUUUUAUUGAAUUCUUGCAGGUCGUACAAAAAGUUUCUUCCACAAGUCCUAGCCAAAAUACACACAUUACUCCAGCAAUAAAUAAUGUUAAUUCCUGGUCCAUACAACCUCCUAUCUCAACUUUCUAUGACCGUUCUUAUGACGCAUAUUCGACUGCAAUAAACCAUCGUCCUAAUCAUGUCAACAUAACACCGCCUUCAUCCUCAUCAACUUCAUUAGGACUAGGUGCUUACCAAUCGGCAUCGGUUGCUGCCAUGCCUCAGUACUAUAAUCAAAAUUCAACUCAAACAGUAGCUGCUCCUGUUUCUCCAUCGACAACACUCUUCACUUAUUCAAGCCUGAAUACUGACGAAUACGAAAACAAUAAAUAGAAUGUAAACUUCUGUAUGUUUUUUUUUAUAUUUAAAUUGUUUAUAAGCUUUUAAACU